UUUUACUCUGUCAAACUAUAGUUUGACACAUUUUAUUAAAUUAAUAGUUGUCUUAAUGUUAAUGUUUCAAUGUUUGAAUGUGCUCGCUGCUCCCCUGAGGUUCCAUGAGAAAAGCAUCAGAAGAGAAGCAAAUGACGCGCUCGGCCUACGAUGUGCAACGGGACUUUGGUCUAAGCUGCGCCCUGCGCUCGGAAAUCAUUUGGGACUCCCCCAGAUCAGGCUGAAGUGCACGCGCUGCGCAAUCAAACCACGUAAGAAAUCAAAACCACAUCCUUAUUUGAACACUGUUACAGAGUUCGAUUAUCCUGCAGAAGAGUCGUUAGGCAAAUCUCGCAGGAGUCCAGAAAGCUGCAUAACGGCUCCGACGGAGGAAUGUUUGAUAUUGUGCGCACCUUUAAUGAUAUACCCUUCAAGGAGGCCUUGCUCAGCCUGCACAAGAUCAAUGCGCACCUUGCGCAAGGAGCUUCUAUGGUCGGUGCCCUGGGCGCCACUGUGCUGCCCAAUAUUGUGAGCCUGGGCAGUGGGGGGCAGAUGCGCCUGAAUCUGGAAAUGCUGGCCACUCAAUUUGGCAGCAAGUUUGUGGAGCACAUCAGCAGUCCGGGCAACCUCGCGGACGUGCUAGACGCUUUGGCCCGGUACUUUAGCGAUAAGGCGGUGCAGCUUUUUAUGGAAAUGACGCGUACCUUUGUGGAACAGAAUAUCGACUCGAUUGACCGCACCCUGAACACGUUCGUUUCCACAGAGACGGUUCUCUAUCGGAUAUUAAUGCAAUGCGUGCACUCCUAUGAUAAUUUUGCUGUGGAUUUCCAGGACAUCUUGGACGUAAUCUCCAAGUACUUCCACUCCCUGCAGCCGCUCGACGAGGGGAACUCCAGCAAAUAUAAAUGUGCUGUCUGCAAGGGAACGUACUAUAUAAGUGCUUUGUGAUUCCUUAAAUUGUUUGGGUCUUUGUCUGUCUAUAAAUGGAAAUGUGAUCAUAAGAAGAGUUUUAUGUUUUAUGUCGUUCACUGUAAAAGUGCCUUGUGAGAUACGAAUAAUUGUCUUAUUUUGGUCUUAAAAACUAAAUACAAAUCUUUUUAAAUAAAUGUAA